ACCGCGCAGGCGCGGGGGCAAGCGGCCGAGUUUCCGGUCGGGCGCCGGGUUCGGGUCGGCUCGGUUCGGUCAGCCGCUCGGGAGGAUGUGGAGAACUGCCGCGGUGGCGGCGCUGGUGGCCGUCACUCUGCACCUGCUCCUCUCCUAUUACCCGAUGGAUGCUCCCGUGGAGGCCGUGCGGAUCCUGUCCGAUUACCUGUUCGGCCAGAGGGUGAUGCGGGCGCCAGAGGAGGUGGUGGCUGAGGCCUGGGACUCGCUGAUCAGAGCCCCCAGCAACGGCUGGAGCAGAGUGGCUGUGGGAAUUACCUCUGUUCUUACUAUUGUAAACUCGAUUGGCCUGAAUGAGCAAGAGCUGUUGUUCAUCAGUCAGGCUGGUUCAGGACCUCACUCUUUGCAGAAGCAUUGGAAUGGGGCUCCUGAUGUUGGAAUGGUUAGUGAUAUUAUUUUCUGGCUUCUCAAAGAAUAUGGACGCACUGAUUCACGCAAGGAUUCGGAUUUAACUCGUCUUCAUUUCCACACACUGGCCUAUCACAUCCUGGCAACUGUAGAUGGUUACUGGAAUAAUCAAAUAUCAUCUCUUGUGGCUGGUGCGAGAGUUGCUGGGAAUCAGGCAUGUGGCACUGAUGCGAUCGAUCCAACAAAAGUUGUUCUUGAAUUUCCCAAAGAAUUUGUUCUCUCACAAACAGACGGAUUGCUGAAGAGUAAGAAAGUGACUUUGAACCCAGCCAACCCUGUGCAUACGUGGCACAGAGAAAACAUCUCAUUUUUCAUCACUCCUGUUCUGAUUUGUGUCAAUCCAGUAAGGACAGUGGGAUUGGGUGACACUAUCUCUGCUGAAGGGCUUUUAUAUUCUGAGCGGGUGUCUUUUCUGUGAACCUUACUGUGGAAAAAGACAGAACAAAGCUCUGUAUUUAAGGCAAAUGCUCUGUGUUUAGUAUGUAGGAAUUGGGGUGGUGGUGGUGAGAUACGACUCUAGUAGGAGCAGGAAGCACAGUUGAGGCUUUUGCUCCUUUUAGACCAAAGCCUGAUGUAUAAAAGUUGACCAGGAAUUGACCUAGUCACUCCCUUUUUCUUUUUGCUAUUUCCAUUGAUAAUGUCCCUUAGUCUCUAUUGUAUCUGAUACAAUUUUAAUAUUCUUUCCAUCAGGAAACGACUGCUAGUUCUAAUUUCUUUUUGUUAUGUUAAAAUGAACUUUGGAAAUCUCAGUGGAGAGUGUUGUCUUGUCUGGGAUACCAUAAUUUUGUGACUGGCAUAUUUUCAGUGUUGUGGGUUACAUGAUGCCAAUGUUAGAUUCUGAUUCUUCACCUUGAGAACCUGAAUUCUGAUCCAGCCCAGUGUGUUUGGGUGAAAAUCUUCACCAUCUGAUAGCUGUGGGGAUCUUCAGUUGGUGGUUUUAAUUCAAUGGGUUUGUUUACAACACAAUACUUCCACUAAUUUGACACUAAUGAGGAAUCUCAUUCAGAAACCAAAAGAUAAUCAGUAUGAGAGGUGGAAUGCUCACGUGAUUAAUGCAGUGGGACACUUUGCUGAGUUGGGAGUUGAUGCAUCUUAUUGGGGCAUUGCAGAGAAAUCUUUACUACUGUAGUUGGAUCUUGAAGUGCUUUAUUUUGCAAUCCCAGAGCAGAUUGAAUAAGCCUCUAGAGGGUGUACACUGAAGACUUAAAGGGAAAAUUCAACUCCAGGAGAGGGUCUACUCAUGGCGGCUGCUUAUACUCUUGUAAGUGAGAAGUUAAUGUAAAUAAAGGUACAGUUUAUAAAAAAGUCUUUAUUUGCAAAAUGUGAAGAUUCAUUUAAGCUGUCGGUUUAGUGUGACAAUUUCUGGAGCUGGAGAACAAAACUUACUUUCUUUACAGUCUAUGCUCCCGUCUUGGUACGUGAUAAAUACAAGAGAAAUUAGUUGAAACUGUUUUCUCUUCCUUAGCUGUGAUAGACCGAUAUCAAUCAGUACUUCAUCUGUGUUACAUAGCUCCAAAUAUUUCGCCACAGAUUUGGUAGACUGUGAUGUAGAAUUGUGCAGGAGUUUAAAUGGUCACAUUCUGUUACAUUUUACUGAUCCUCAAUGACAGAAAUUCAACUGAUCUUUCUUCAAAUGAUUGUUAUACUGAAUGGUUUGGGUUUUAUGUCUUCUAUAGGGUAUUAGGUGAGGUUAGUAAUUUGUAUUUUUAUGCUUAACUAAAUAGCUACUAGCUAAUAACAUUGAUUCAGGGAAAGAAAAAUCUCUUCCAAAACAGUGGGAUCCCUGAAUUUCUAUUUAUUUAAGGAGGAUUUGGUGAAAUAAAGAGCAGCUGAAGGGGGAAAAUUGCUGAGUUUUCCCUGUUUUUAGAAAGUGUUUGAACUGAUUUUGAUCAUGAUUCUGAUUUUUAGCUAUGCGUGACCUGGCUGAAGAGAAAAUGUAGUUCUGCCGAGUAACAAUGUAAAUAUAAAAGUUCCAGUUCCCACAGAGAUGCUGUCCUGAAUCAGUUGACCGGGGAGUUGUAAAGUUUGAUUUACAGUCUGUGCUGAGUCAGCUAAUUGCCACAGUGGGGUGCAGCUAUAGUGUUCUGUAGUUCAUUCUGGACCAGAACAGAACAAGCUGAGGUUCCUGAUCUGCGUGGCUAUUCUGGUAUCCCUGGUGCAGACUCAGAUUGUUGUUUAAGGGGCUGAAUCAGACUCAGCUGUUGUGUUCCACAGUGGAAUAGCCUCCACAAUAGAAUAACAGAACUGCAUGUGAGGAUUGGGCAUUAGGGCAUGUGUAAUAGAGGUUGGAUGUCUGGCAUAAAUGAGAAUCUGAAAAUCAGCUUGUCUUCCUCCCACCAUUCACCCCAAAUUACAGAUUAUCCCUUUGAGAGUAAUAGUUGAAGCAGAAGCAAAUGGCAGAAUUAGUGGCGUGUGCAGGUAACCUCCCUCUCUCUCUGAGCUUUUGGGAAUAUUGCUGAAUCAUCGACACACUGGGGCUUAAACUGCUUCUUCCUUUAUUCCUUGAUGGAUUCUUGCAGGAAAUCAGUUCCACUUGUAUUGGAAAUAUUGAUUUGAGUGUUUUAAUAUUUGCUUUCUGCUUUUUAACUUUCUUAAGCAGUGAGUUAAAUUCUUUGUUCUCCCUGUCUCCUAAUUCCUUUUAAAAUUUAAAAACUCCUGGAUUGUGGCUGCACUGUCACAUUUUUCAGAAGGAAGAGAAUUUUUACAAGAGGAGGUUUGGUGAAUGUUCUGUUGGCUGUUCAUUAAACCUUUGCUUUUCACAGGCCCUUAGUGCCAGAGGCGUGUCUGUAACUGAAAUUUCACAUUGUGGAAUGUGUACAUGAUGAAACAAUUUAAAGUAAAUUGUCUACUUAAAACAAUUUUUAAAUUGCUGAAUUUCCAAGCUUAUCAAACUAUUUUCACAAAUGCACAACAAUGUAAUCGCUUCAGUGCACUGUAACAGACAGUGGAAUGAUGUGCAAUGCUGAGCAUUUGUAUAAAAAUGAAAGGGAAAAAUAGAAUUCCUGGAACAUUAAUCGUGGUGCUGCAAUGAAGUGUCUAACAGCUGAUUGUAACUUUGGAUCUGCAUUAUAAUACAAAUUUGUCAGUAAGCUUGCCGUUCUUAUUGUAGGCAUUCCCCAAAGUUGUGGGAAUGUUCAUUAAGCCCAGCAAAGUGUAUCCUUCAGCAUAGCCUGCUUGUACAGAAACACCAGAGGCUAUGUGCUGCUUGGGGUGAACUGGAUCUGGUCUUUCUAUCACCACAUUGUCUACAGUUCUGGGCUGCCUGUACUUGACAGUACUGUCGAAGAUGGCUCCAGCUGAGCAUAGCUGCCGUUUCUGUCUAUUUACCCCCUCUUGUGGCACUGCUGAGAACAACACAAGUUUAUCCACAAAGGGCAGGAGAUUUGUGGCGGUCUCAUUGUUCAGCUAGGAUUUGACCAUGUGGCUAUUCGAGCUUCAGUUCAUUUGCAAGGACCAACUUUUUAGUUUUCUCCAUAAUAGAUACAUUGUUAGCAUGAACAAAACUUUUAUGGUUUAAAUUGCGGCAGAUUUUGCAGAACGAUAUUUGACACGGUUUCUGUUGACUCUUGCUAUUUUAGUUAACACUAUGAUUGCUGUAUGUUAUCUUUCACAUCUGUGUAAAGAGAAGCCUGGUGGUAACUCAUGGGCAUUUGUUAGCUGAUUUCAUGCCUUCUAUCUCUUGAUCAAAGUGCUGUUGUCAAACAUUACUCGAAAAUCUGAUUUUUUUCUGUUAAAUUUGUGGUUUAAGGCACUGUAUCAAUCUAGUGAAUAUAUAACUUUUUUUAAAGCAAGAUUUUGCAAUAAAUUUUUUUUCUAAAAA